GAACUUCGCCUUGUAAUGACGUAACGUCAACAAACGAUGGCCGGCUUUUAUGUCGGAAAAGUAAUAAACCGAAAAUCUUGUUUAAAAUCAUCUUUUUCUGCUUUUCCUUUUGUAAACAGACCGAGGAUAUUUUUCGUUUGUUUUGGCCAUUUUUAUCAUAUAAGAAGUUCCUACGGUGUCAAUAAGAAGAACAUUGUCACACGGGAUAAGAAAUCAUCAAUACUACUGCCAUCAAGAUGUUUUUUUCAAGUUCCGAAUGUACUCAAGCCGAAUAAAAGAAAAGAAUAUUCAAACAGAAAAUUAUUAGGAUUUUCAAUGGAGAAUAUAUAUCAUGUGGUUUCACAUGUUGAAGACUACAAACAUUUUGUACCAUGGUGUAGAGACUCUGUUGUUACUGAGCAAAAAGAUGGUCAUGUGAAAUGCAAACUUGAAAUUGGAUUUCCACCACUUCUUGAGCGAUAUGUGUCUGUUUUAACAUUAGUACCUCCAAACCUUGUUGUGUCGGAAUGUACGCAAGGCGAGAUGUUUAACUACAUGAAGACAGUUUGGCGAUUUAGUCCUGGACUGAAGGAAAAUCUUGAAACAACAAUUGUUGACUUUCACCUUGCCUUUGAGUUUCGUUCGGCGUUGCAUUCUCAGCUGUCGUCAAUGUUUUUUGAUGAGGUUGCGAAGAAGAUGGUCGGUGCGUUCGAGAAACGCUGCGGAGAUCUCUAUGGUCCCAGUAGUUUGGUUGCACCGCGAAGAAGGAAAGAAUAUCGAACAACAACAGAUGUUAUUGAUGUACCUUCUAGCAGGUAACAUUGUUGGAAAAGAAGUCAUUCCUUAUGUCAGAACAAUGAUAUGAAGACAAAAAGAAUUCUCCGUGUAAGAAUAAUUUUAUAAAAUAUAUUGGCGAACGUCGACUAUCAAUUAAAUAAACAAUGAAACCAUUACUUGGAAUAUUUUUUGUACGGCAAGCAAGGUUUCAUUUUAGGAGGAACUACCUCCUGGAAUGGCACUUAGCUACAUAUUAUUUUUAAUUUCCAACAAUAGUAAUGAUUUUUAAUGGUA